UUCGUUAGAAGUGCAAAAUGGAUUGAUCAUUUUGAUGGAUUGCUCCUUGUGACGCUCGGUUUUGUUUUUCCAUGUGAAACUAGUUACGUUCCUUUCGUCGACUACAGCGGUUCGUCGAUCUGAGAGCGGCGUGAUUGAAAACGUAUACAUAUCAGCGCUUUCUCUCGUUGGUCAGAGAUUGUAUGUUAUUUAAGAUAUUACGGUAAGAAACAAACAAAAAUGCACCUGUCAGCGAUUUUUCUUUUUGUACUUUCGUGUACUGGUGCAAUAUACGGAUAUAGCAAGUUGAGGCGUCAGAUUCCAAAUGGUUACAAGGUGCCACACCCGUGUACACCAGGCACCACCUGGCACGCCGUUGGACACAUGGCGCCCGAGUAUGACCCUACCAAGAACGCGUUUGGAAAGGACGUACAUGAGGUGCUGGAGGACAGUCAACUGGAAUGGGCCAAGGUCUGCAGCCAGGACUCGGACGGAGACGGCCUCACAAACGGACAGGAGCUCGGAGACCCCAGCUGUAUGUGGAAAGUCAGCGAUGGGUUGCAGGGGCUGGCGGACCCUACGGGGCAUCCAGGCAUUUGUGAACCGGGUCGUAAGCAAUGCACGAGUGGCAUCACCUUCAAUGAGUGCCCGAACCCCUUCGCGUCUGGCUCCAGCGAGCCAAGCAUCUCCGUGCCACAAUGGCCAUAAGGGAACUUUGUGAAAUUACAACAGUCGCAUUUGCUAAAUCUCAAUAAAUCUGUAUCAAAGCGUG